AUGAUUUUCGAAGACUCUACGGAAUUUGAUUGUAUUGAAAACGUCACUUAUGAUAAUUCAAACAACUUAGAGUCUUCUAAAAGUACAUUUAUAAAGUUUUAUGAAAUUUACAAUUUGAUUACUGUAUUUAUUGGGAAUCUCUUAUUCAUCUUUUUGUUUAUAUACAAUCGCCGUAAAACUGCAAAUUCUUCUGAACAGCGCGAAUUUCAAGAACACCAUGCACCAAUAUUUUCACAAUUAUACUAUAUCACACUUCUCUAUCUUAUAAGUGAAAACUUUUGUUUUUUACUAUACGCAAUUGGAGAAAUCAGCUCCAAUGAAAAAGUUUGCGCUAUUUUGAUUGCAUUGAAAAUAUCUAUGGAAUCUGGAUUUUUCGAUGUUUUUCAAAAUGUUUUAUUCGCAAGUGUCACCGUUUUUUCAUUUUUGGCAGCUACUCAGAGAAUGAUCCUUGUUUAUUUUUCAAGCAUUAAAUGGAUCAUUACGGGGUUUAAUUUGAAAAUUAUAAUUUUUGUCGUCUACUUUUUUCUGGCUCAUUACUGCUGGAUUACUUACCAAUGCGAGAUACCAUCAUGCGUGAAUUACCAAUCAAUUUUGAAAUAUCAGAUUUUAAAUUACACAUAUAAUAUCAUCAUUUUUCUCAUGGCAUUUUCCACAGGUUGUUUUUAUAUCCAUAUAUUUAAACUAGUGGGGAAAAUUGCGAAAAAAUCAAGAGCCAAUAUUUUAUACCAGUUUGUGCCGAUCUAUACAGUACAAACGAUUCACAUUACUGCUUAUCUCUACGCUUUGCUAAUGUCUGACAUUUUUUCGACAAAUCUUGUAUCGUUGGUUAAUGAUCUUUCAACAGUCUUGAUUUUACCGUUUAUUCCCGUUAUUGUAUCUUUAUCGUAUAUAGCUUCGAAGGAAAAUUUGAGAGCAAUGGGAUUGAAUUUUAUGAGUUCUGUGUUGGCAGCGACUAUAGGAUAA